AUGCACACAAAAAUGUAUGGAAGCCUUGACACAGCUGGUUCAUACAGACGGUUUGGUUACUCUCCUGUGGGGUCACCAACAUCCUCACCUCGGUUGAGACAUCAACCCACCUUGGAAACGCGUAGAGUGUCAGUUACAGAUUCUGAUGGUUUUAUACAACUGAAUCAAUACAAACUCAAAGAUGAAAUUGGAAAGGGUUCUUAUGGAAUUGUAAAAUUAGCAUAUAACGAAGAAGAUGAUACACAUUAUGCCAUGAAAAUUUUGUCCAAGAAAAGAUUAAUGAAGAAAGCUGGCUUCUUCAAACGAAUCCCGCCCAGAAGAGAAGGUAAACCAACAUCUCGCUUGCCCAAUCCACUUGAACAAGUAUAUCGAGAAAUAGCGAUCUUAAAAAAGCUUGACCAUCCAAAUGUUGUACGUCUUGUUGAAGUACUUGAUGAUCCUGAUGAAGAUCAUCUCUAUGUAGUUUUUGAACUCCUAGAGAAAGGUGAGGUGCUCACAAUUCCUACAAACCACCCAUUGUCUCAGGAAGAAGCCUUGAUGUAUUUCAGGGAUAUUGUACUUGGCAUUGAAUACCUACACUACCAGAAAAUAAUUCAUCGAGAUAUCAAACCUUCUAAUCUUCUGCUGGGAGAUGAUGGACAUUUAAAGAUUGCAGACUUUGGUGUGAGUAAUGAAUUCACAGGGGGAGAUGCCUUUCUUACUACUACAUCAGGAACACCAGCUUUUCAAUCUCCAGAAACUCUAAAAGAGGAAAGAGAGGAAUACAGUGGAAAGGCUUUAGAUAUUUGGGCUAUGGGCAUUACCCUCUACUGUUUUAUAUAUGGACAGUGCCCGUUCCAUGAUGAAUAUAUUCUACUGUUACAUAAAAAAAUUCUCAGGGACCCAGUUGUAUUUCCUGAUGAACCAGAUGUAGAUAAUGACCUGAAAAGUUUAAUUCUUCGGAUGUUGGAUAAAAAUCCAGAAACACGGAUUUCACUUCCAGAAAUAAAAGUCCAUCCAUGGGUGACGAAGGAUGGUACAGAGCCAUUGCCUACUGAAGAGGAAAACUGCAUUUUGAUCACUGUAACUGAAGAGGAAGUGGAGAAUGUAGUGAAACAUGUGCCACGGCUUGAAACUUUGAUCCUGGUGAAGAGCAUUUUAAGACAAAAGUCCUUCAAGAAUCCUUACAGGUCUUACUACCGGGGAGAGCUAAAAAAGAGUGGUCGCUCACACUCAGCCCCUGAAUCAUUCCUUGGUCUCUUCAGAAGGAAGGUGUCAACCGAUGCCAAUGUUGGAGCUACAGUUGAUGAAAACUCUUAA